AUGGCUGGGGCACGGCGGAUAAAAACUUUGUUGACUUUAAACAUCUGCGUUUUUGUGGGCAUUAUACUGUUCUCGAUUUACUGCAGAAUUCAGGAUCGCUCAGAGGAAUUCAUGAAAAACGGCAAGACUACUGAGCAAAGAUCUAACCGUAGAAAUGGAAAAAUCACUAACUUUGUGGACAAGCAGGCAAUUCUUCAAAGGCUCGAACAUCUUGAGGACGUGGUCUACCAUCAAUUAAACGGGCUGGGAAAGCCGGUUGGAUUGCUGGAGGGACAAAUGGGUCUGAGACAGGGGCAGGCCAGGAACCCUGCAACCCUGAGAAACCCUGUCCGUGACCCAGAUGGGGGAAAGUACAAAGAUUAUGGCUACAAUGCACAGCUGAGCAAUCAAAUCCCUCUGGAUAGAUCCAUUCCCGACUACAGGCCGAAAAAGUGCAAGCUGAUGACUUACCCAGAUGACCUCCCUCAGAUGACGGUGGUAUUCAUCUUUGUAAACGAGGCCUUGUCUGUGAUCCUACGGUCAGUCAACAGCCUGGUCAAUCACACACCUGCAUACGUCCUCAAGGAGAUCAUCCUGGUGGAUGACAACAGUGACAGUGUGGACCUGAAGCUGAACCUGGAUCAGUAUGUGAAUAAGAAUUAUCCAGGCCUAGUGAAGAUUGUCAGAAAUAGCAGACGAGAGGGACUUAUACGGGCCAGAAUCCUUGGAUGGAAAGCAGCCACUGCACCAGUUGUUGGCUUCUUUGACGCACAUGUUGAGUUCAACACAGCAUGGGCAGAGCCAAUCCUAACAAGAAUCAGGGAGGAUCGAACACGUAUUAUUCUGCCGUCGAUCGACAACAUCAAGCACAACACGUUUGAGGUGCAGCAGUAUGCUAACGCAGCCCAUGGCUACAACUGGGGCCUGUGGUGUAUGUACAUCAUACCCCCUCAGGCCUGGCUGGACAGAGGAGAUCAGACGGCCCCCAUCAGGACCCCUGCUAUGAUUGGCUGUUCCUUUGUGGUGAACAGAGAAUACUUUAGAGAGAUUGGCCUUCUAGACCCAGGCAUGGAGGUGUAUGGAGGAGAGAACAUUGAGUUGGGCAUGAGGGUAUGGCAGUGCGGAGGGAGUAUGGAGGUUUUACCUUGUGCUCGGGUGGCACACAUUGAACGCACCAAGAAACCCUACAACAACGACAUUGAUUACUAUGCCAAGCGCAAUGCCUUGAGGGCAGCCGAGGUAUGGAUGGAUGACUACAAAUCCCAUGUAUACAUGGCCUGGAAUAUCCCCAUCAAUAACCCUGGGGUUGAUUUUGGAGAUGUUUCUGAGAGAAUCGCCUUGAGGAAGAAAUUGCAAUGUCGCAGUUUCCAGUGGUACUUGCAGAAUGUGUAUCCAGAGAUGCGAGUGUACAACGACACCAUCACCUACGGUGAGGUGCGGAACAGCAAGGCCAGUGGCUAUUGCUUAGACCAAGGACCAGAUGAUGACAGCAGUCCAAUUCUCUACCCGUGCCACGGCAUGACAUCUCAGCUGGCCCGUUACACCUCAGCGGGGCUUCUGCAGCUAGGUCCCCUGGGCUCCACUACGUUCCUGCCCAACACCAAGUGUCUGGUGGAUGAGGGACGAGGGAGGACGCCAAGUCUAAAUAAAUGUGAGGGAAUGUCACGCUCAUCACAGAGGCUUUGGGACUUUACUCAGAAUGGCCCAAUAAUCAGCAGAGACACUGGUCGUUGUUUGGAAGUAGAGAUGUCCAGAGAGGCCAGCUUCGGCCUGCGCCUGGUGGUCCAGAGGUGCUCUGGUCAGAAGUGGACUAUUAGGAACUGGAUCAAACCUCCACGACACUGA